CGCCUGGCUCCCCUCCUCUAACUACUGGACUGUAGUUUAAAACGAAGCUAUUCGGCCUUGCUCAGACCUGUACCUGGAAGGUGGAAAGGCUAUUUCUGAUGCUUGGAAGCUAUCCUUUCAGCCGUAAGGAUGGUAAUAAAUCUUUGCCUCCCACAGUUCAGACCAAGAAUUUACUGCAACAAGAUAUCAGCUGAUGGUUAUGAAGUAGAAAAUCUCAUCUCCGAAGACCUCACAAAGAGAAGUCAUGGUUUUAGGACAGAGUAUUUCAUUAAGCCACCAGUCUAUGUGACAGUUUCCUUUCCCUUCAGUGUGGAAAUCUGUAGGAUUAACAUAGACCUCACAGCUGGGGGAGGCCAGACUGUCACUGGCCUGGAAAUGUAUACAUCUGCCUUGUCCAGCAGAGUGUCUUGGAGUACCCCCGAGUGCCAGACCCCAGGCCCAGAUGAGCCAUCCAUUCCGGACAAAGAAGCGUUCACUUUGGUGGGCAAAGUCUUGUUGAAAAACCAGAGCCAAGUGGUGUUUAGCCACAGGGGCUUCAAAGCCAGGCCACCUUUUGGCCCGAUGGAAGCCACACUUCCCUCCCCUGCUGUUGUGGCCCAGGAGCUCUGGAAUAAAGGGGCUCUUUCUCUUAGUCAUGUGGCCCAUCUCAAGAUUUGUAUCACCCAUGUGACAGGCAGUGGUAUCCCUUGUAUCAAGCGGUUGGAAGUAUGGGGUCAGCCAGCCAAAACCUGCUCUCAGGAGGUGAUAGACAGUGUUUUGCUGGUUGCCUCAGAGAGCCUCCCUCAGGACUUGUCUCUACAGGCCCCGGCCUUGCCCAUGGAGAGUGACUGUGAUUCUGGGGGCCAGUCUGAGGGCCAGCAGGCCCCCUCCAGCCUACUGGAGCUGGCUGAGGUAAUUCGGGAUGUACCUGAAGAGUUCCUGGAUCCCAUCACCCUGGAGAUCAUGCCUUACCCCAUGCUGCUGCCCUCAGGCAAGGUCAUUGACCAGAGCACGCUGGAGAAGUGUAACCAUAGUGAAGCCGCAUGGGGCCGAGUGCCCAGUGACCCUUUCACAGGAGUAGCCUUUACUCCACACUCCCAGCCCCUGCCUCACCCCUCCUUGAAGGCCCGGAUCGACCAUUUCCUGCUCCAGCACUCCAUCCCUGGCUGCCACCUGCUUGGGAGAGCUCAGACUGCAUUGGCAGUGACCCCUUCUUCCAUUGCUCUGCCCUCUCAGAAAAGGAAGAUGGAGCAGGGUGAACAUGCCCCAGACAGUAGCCUUGGCUUAAAUGCUUCCUGUUUUUCUACCACAAGCCUUCUGGUCUCACCCACUACCUCAGAGCACACUGCUAAGAAAAUGAAAGCUGCCAGUGAGCUCAUGGAUUGUUCAACAGCAGGUCCAGUAUCCCAUGAGCAAAAGCUGUCGCAAAGCUUGGAAAUUGCCUUGACGUCAACCCUUGGCUCCAUGCCCUCCUUCACAGCUCGGCUGACCAGAGGACAGCUCCAGCAGCUCAGCACAAGAGGGAGCAGUACUUCCUGGAGGCCAGGCUCCAGCUCGGAGCAGCUUGGGAGCAUCCUGGGCCCAGAAUGCACAUCCUGCAAAAGAGUGUUCUCUCCCUACUUCAAAAAGGAGCCCGUGUACCAGCUUCCCUGUGGCCAUCUCCUGUGCCGGCCCUGCCUGGGUGAGAAGCAACGCUCCCUACCCAUGACAUGCAUAGCCUGCCAGCGGCCAUUUGCCAGCCAGGACGUUCUGCGGGUUCACUUCUGAGUGACUGGCCUCAACCUGAGAAGACCCAUCGCUGGGAGGAGCUGAGGAGGAGUGAGUGGGUGGUCAAAGCCCCUGAGGUCUGGCCAGGUCCCAGGCACAGGGGGGCCUCUGCUUUCUCGCGGGCUUUCCCUUUGUCUCCUCCCACAGCGUAGCACAUGGGGCUGCGGAGUGAGGGGUCAGGGAAGGGGCUCUCCACGCCUGCUCAAGUGGCAAAAGGAUAACAAAGCCAUAGUUUGAGCUGGGAGGGAUGGGGGAGAUGUCCCUGCCCUCCCGUGCCUCCCUGCCAGCGCGCCCUGCCAGAGCCCAGGGCCUGCUAGAGCCAGCCCCACCCUCUGAGGCCCCCCAGGUCGUCUACACACACCCCUCAGCCUACAGCGUGGAUGUGAAUGUGGCUCGGGAUCUGAGAGAGCCUCCACCUUCAGUGUCACUCCAAAGUGGAGCGUGGCAAGGAUCUGUGGAGUGAAUGAGUCAGCCCCUCUGACUGGCAGACCACCCCGAGCCUUAAUAAAGCAAUGGUUGACGUCC